CUGCUCCACGGUUUCAUGGCCGCCCCACCGACCGCGCCCCAGAUGGAGAUGGGCAAGCCGGUGCCAGGGCAAGGUAGCGCCCCCCCGUUCGAGCCUGCCAAGGCGUAUCCGUAUCCGUAUCCAGGACAAGCUCAAGAUACUGAGGCAGGUGUACGUGGACAUGGUUACGACCGCCUUCCUUGCUGUGGGUUGGGCAUUGGCUGGGUUCUAUUCAUACUUGGUUUUAUCUUUGGUGCCAUUCCCUGGUACGCUGGAGCACUUCUGCUGUGUUUUUACAGAAGGGAUCGCAGGGAGAAACCAGGAUUUAUUGCAUGUGCAGUAGCGGCUGUCAUAGGUACAAUUCUCAUCAUCAUCGCGGUAGUUGUACCCUCUGAAGUCCGGGUUCAUCAUUAUUGAUGGCACAACUGUACAUAUUGUACAUUUCACAGAUGAAUAAAGACUUCCAUAUCAUGUCUUCUGCGAUGUAUUUUGAUUGUCAACUUUGAAUGUUAAAUGUGUUCUUGUGCCAAAAAAAAAAAGGUCUGGCAAGGAGAAUCAAGUCUGAAUCAGAUGGAGAUGACCCUGCGCUGUGAAUGCGAGAAUACAUUUCCUUGUGAGCUUGAGACUACCUUGCCUAGUGAAUACUGAAUUUGGGAAACAUACGGUGUAACUGUUCCUUGUUUUAUCAUUGCUACUUGCUAGCCUGUUCA